CGUUGCUUACUUCGGUUCCUUCUCCCUUCCUCGGUGCAGAAUCCAAACCCCACCCACGCACACGCAGUCAUCACGAAGCAAAGCGAAACCGCAAAGGACUCCUCCGGCAGAGCAUGCGCGUUGCUGCGACGCGGCCCGCCUCCUCCGCUCCCGUUGCCCUCCUCGCCGCUCUAGCCCUCCUCUUCCUCGUCGGCUCCGCCUCCCUCGCCAUCGGAGCCAUGGCCAGCCACGUCCUCGGCGGCAAGAGCGAGAACCCCGCCGCGGCCAACAGCCUCGAGACCGACGGCCUCGCCCGCUUCGCCGUCGACGAGCACAACAAGCGCGAGAACGCGCUGCUGGAGUUCGUGCGGGUCGUGGAGGCCAAGGAGCAGACGGUGGCCGGCACGCUGCACCACCUCACGCUUGAGGCGCUUGAGGCCGGGCGGAAGAAGGUGUACGAGGCCAAGGUCUGGGUCAAGCCGUGGCUCGACUUCAAGGAGCUGCAGGAGUUCCGCCACACCGGGGACGCCACCUCCUUCACCAUCUCCGACCUCGGCGCCAAGAGAGGUGGACAUGAGCCUGGAUGGCGUGAUGUGCCUGUGCAUGAUCCUGUAGUCAAAGAUGCUGCAAGCCAUGCUGUGAAAUCAAUCCAGCAGAGGUCGAAUUCCCUUCUCCCAUAUGAACUUGUUGAAAUCGUUCGCGCCAAGGCUGAGGUGGUUGAAGACUUCGCCAAGUUUGAUAUCCUCAUGAAACUGAAGAGAGGGACCAAGGAGGAGAAAAUGAAAGCUGAGGUGCAUAAAAACCUCGAGGGAGCUUUUGUGCUGAACCAGAUGCAGCCAGAGCAUGACGAAUCUAGCAGCCAGUGAAUCUGACUUGUUAAGCUCACAGUAAUGUAGUUUUGUAUUAAGAAAUAAAUAGUAAACCUGUCACUACCUGGAUAUUAUGCUUUCUGCACUGGCUUGGUUGUUGGAUGCAGCAAGAUGGAGCUGUGUUCCUUACUAGCUGAAUCUUGUUUGGUUGCUGUUAAUGGUGGAAUGUGCAACAAAUCUUGUAACUCGAGGGUAAUGUUGGAUGCGAUAUACACUGUCAAUUUCGGUUACUCCGCAAUAUACACUGUCAAUUUCAAGCA